AUGAAUAGCUUUGCCAAUGGCGAAUGGGGAAAGGAGGAGCGCAAGUCAAACCCAAUCAAGAAGGGAGACUCUUUCGAUAUCCGAAUCCGUGCUCAUGAUGAUCGCUUCCAGAUCAUCAUUGACCAGAAGGAGUUCAAAGACUACGAGCAUCGCCUUCCUCUCACUACCAUCACUCAUCUUUCAAUUGAUGGAGAUCUUUACCUCAAUCAUGUCCACUGGGGUGGAAAGUACUAUCCAGUCCCCUACGAAAGCGGAAUCGCUCAAGGUUUCAACGUUGACAAGACUCUGCUCAUCUUCGGUACUGUAGAGAAGAAGGCGAAACGUUUCAAUGUCAAUCUGCUCAGGCGAAAUGGCGAUAUUGCACUUCAUUUCAAUCCACGAUUUGAUGAGAAGGCCGUUAUCCGAAACGCUUUAGCUGCUAAUGAGUGGGGAAAUGAGGAAAGAGAGGGC